AUGGACACCCUCACCUGCGGCAUCUGUCUCGACCAGCUCAGGCUCCCCGUCUGCACCCCCUGCGGCCAUCUGUGCUGCGAGGCAUGUCUCACGUCCUACCUCGAGACCAGCGCAGACGCGAUGAACGCGUCUUGUCCCACCUGCAGGGCCUCGUUCACCAUCGCGAUCCCCGACCUUCGUUUCGUACCCAAAAAGUAUCAUACACUCAUUAUACCCAGCAUCCGCCGCGUCUUCAUCGCCGACGCCUCCGAUGCCGCCGCAGCCGCCCCUCCGUCUCCCUCCACCUCCCCCUCUUCCCCCGCCGCGCUCGAGCGCGACAAGGCCCUCCUCAUGGACCGCUGCGAGGCCGCCAUCCGCGCGCGUGACGCGCACGCCCAGGGCGAGCGCGACCGCCGCCUCGAGAAGGAGCGGCUCGAGAAAGAGCUCACGGAACUCAGGCGCAAGUACGAGGGCGUGAAGGGCAAGUACAGGGCCCUCAAGGCGUCGUGA